CCCCUCCCUCCCUCCAGCCUCUUCCCGCUCAGUGGCGCCGGAAUCAAACCGCGCCGCCCGCCCGCGACAUGUCCAAGAAAAAAGGUCUGAGUUUUGAAGAGAAGAGGGCUCGCAUGAUGGAGAUUUUUUUUGAAACAAAAGAUGUCUUCCAGUUGAAGGAUCUGGAGAAGAUUGCUCCAAAAGAAAAAGGGAUUACCUCGAUGUCAGUGAAAGAGAUUCUGCAGAGCCUUGUUGAUGAUGGCAUGGUGGACACUGAUAGAAUUGGAACUUCGAAUUAUUUCUGGGCUUUUCCAAGUAAAGCUCUCCAUGCCAGGAAGCGUAAAUUGGAGGAGUUAGAGUCUCAGUUUGCUGAAAGCAGUCAGAAAAAAGAGGCUUUAGAAAAAAGCAUUGAGAAAUCAAAAAUUGGACGUGAAGAUACUGCGGAUCGUGCAGCUCUGCUGAAGGAACUUGCUGCCCUUCGGCAGAGAAAAGAGCAGCUAAAGACAGAAAUAGACAAAUACAGGGAAUGUGAUCCAGACGUGGUUGAAGAGAUGCGUCCUUCAAAAUUUUCUAAUUCUGAUGUUUCUAGUCAAAGAAGAUUUUAGCUUGACAAACUGAGGAAUUGCCAGGGUAUAUAGACAGUAUGAGCAAAUAGUUCUGUAUUGUUCAGCUUUUUCAUUCAUUUUAAUGUCUGAAAGGUGAAUGCUGAAAAGUUAAUGUUUAUUUAGCUACUGAUUUUUUUGAGUGCAUAGUUUAGGGGUUGUUUUUUGGGGGGGUGAUAUUUUUGUUGAUACACCCAGCUAUUUUCUUAUGUUCAAAUCAGUUUGAAAAUAUGUUGCAUAUGCAGAUGUACUUCAUAUUACAAAAUCUUUAGUACCAAGAGUUAGAUUCUUUGGGAUAUUCUUAUUAAUGCUGGAAU